ACCUACAGACUCCUCAAAACUUAAAAAAACACCUGUGGGAUACUUUCUGACUGUUACAAAAAAAAAUACAGGGCGCUUGUUAUAAUGGCUGUGGACUUAGCAACAGAAGACGGAAUGACUGCCAAUCAACUCUUUGGCAGCGGCGAUGGUUUGACAUAUAAUGAUUUUCUCAUUUUGCCAGGAUACAUUGACUUUUCUGGAGAUGAAGUUGAACUACAGUCUCCUUUAUCCAAAAAAAUUACCUUGGCAGCUCCUCUAGUCUCUUCACCUAUGGAUACUGUAACUGAAUCAGAAAUGGCUAUAGCAAUGGCUCUUCAAGGUGGAAUCGGAAUUAUUCACCAUAACUGUACUCCAGAAUUUCAGGCAAGCGAAGUUCACAAAGUUAAGAAAUACAAGCAUGGUUUUAUUCGUGAUCCAGUAGUUCUGAGUCCAACCCAUAAGCUGCGAGACGUAAUCAACGUAAAACAGACUCAUGGGUUUGCUGGUGUUCCAAUUACAGAAAACGGGGAAAUAGGAGGUGUAUUAGUUGGAAUCGUCACCUCUAGGGAUAUUGAUUUUAUGGGCGAAGAAAUGUAUGAUAUGCCUCUUUCUGAGGUUAUGACAAAGAAAGAUGAUUUGGUGUGUGCACAGUCUUCUGUUACCUUAAAGGAAGCAAACACAAUUCUUCAAAGGAGCAAAAAAGGAAAGUUGCCCAUUAUUAACGACAAAGGGGAGUUGAUUUCGCUCAUUGCAAGGACAGAUUUGAAGAAGAGUAGAAAUUUUCCACAUGCAUCAAAAGACGAAAACAAACAACUUUUGGUUGGUGCAGCAAUAGGAACACGUGAACAUGACAAAGCAAGACUUCAGCUUCUUGUUCAAGCUGGAGUCGAUGUUAUUGUUUUAGAUUCAUCUCAAGGCAACUCGGUUUACCAAAUAGAAUUAGUAAAAUUCAUGAAAAAGACAUAUCCACAAGUUCAAGUAAUUGGAGGAAAUGUUGUAACAACGAGUCAAGCAAAAAACCUAAUAGAAGCUGGGGUCGAUGGUUUAAGAGUUGGCAUGGGAAGUGGUUCUAUAUGCAUCACACAGGAAGUAAUGGCAUGCGGUAGACCUCAGGGAACUGCUGUGUACAGAGUAGCGCAGUAUGCUAAACAAUUUGGGGUUCCUAUUAUUGCUGAUGGAGGAAUUAAAAGUAUUGGACACAUUAUCAAAGCCUUGUCUUUGGGAGCUUCUACUGUCAUGAUGGGUUCUUUAGUUGCUGGUACAACUGAAUCUCCUGGAGAUUACUUUUAUUCUGAUGGAGUACGCCUGAAGAAAUUCCGUGGCAUGGGUUCCUUAGAUGCCAUGGACUCAAAGCAGGGUCAAGGUAGUCGGGACAGAUACUUCACCGGGGACCAGGAUAAAGUGAAAGUAGCUCAGGGUGUUUCUGGUACGAUACCUGACAAAGGGUCUAUACAUAGAUUUGUUCCCUAUCUCAUUGCUGGAAUAAAAUAUGGUUGCCAAGACAUUGGAGCAAGGAGCGUUGAAAUUUUAAGGGAAAUGAUGUAUGAUGGAAGAUUAAAAUUUGAAAAAAGGACUGCUUCAGCCCAGGCUGAAGGUGGAGUUCAUGGACUUCAUUCGUAUGAAAAGAAAUUAUUUUAAAUUUUGAAUGCAAACAAGGACGAUAAAGGAUGAGAGAUUUUUAUGUGCCAGAAUUUUAUGAACAAUUAUUUAAUAAGUUACUUCAAACAUUUCAAAAUACUUAUUUGAAUAUCGCGCAGGUAGCUGUAUUUUAUCAAAUGGUUCAGUUUAAACUGACCAUUUUUUGUAUAAACAUAGGAUGUGACUGUACAUCAAGUAUAUUUUUGUUGUUUCAUGUCUUGUAAAUUACGUAGUGUUAAAAAUCAUGACCUAAAUCAUUUCAUUCAAUCAAUUUGUUAUUUAAAAAAUAUUUUUAUACAAUGGUAAAUAUUAGAAAAUUAUUUUAUUGGUGGUUGUAACAGUCAGAUUGUAUCCCAGUUUAACCGGAAAAAAGGUUUUCCUUCAUUUUAAAUAUAGUAUUAAAUUAUUAUUUUUUUGUAAACAUCUUAAUAUAUUCAUUAUUUUACCUUUUCCUAUUUCUGCAGUUUUUAUAUCAUUCUGCCAAAAAAACUGAGGAAGUAAUUUUGAAAGAGCUUAUUUUGUGAUAUUUAUAAAAUUUUUUGGUUCAAUUUGUUUUCCUAAGAAUAGAUUUAAACUGCAGAAAUGUUACUUUCUUAUUGAUGUAUUUAUCUUUGUACAUCUCUGAAUCACUAAAUGUUGGAUGUUUAAUGAAAAAUCAUAUUUGUAAACUUUGUUUUGCACUUUGUGAUAAAUAAACAGAUGUAU